AUCCGCAACUUGUGCUAGACGGGCCUCCCGUUUGCCGCUUUAACGGGAAUUUCUCGGGAAGCUGCGGUGGGCUAUUCGGCCACGGACGUCCUCAACCUCCGUUUUCUCUUUGCUUCCCCUAAUCGCCACACGGUGCCGUCUCGUUGGAGCGUUGAGGGCUGGGGGUGACGGACUAUGUCCACCUCACCCCCUGAGUCUCAGCCCUGACAGCUGUCCGUGUCAGUGUGUCUCUCCGUGUCGGUGCCAUGUUUCGGGUCAUGUCAUGCGAAGGGUCUGGGUUUUCCGGGUCGAGGUUCUCAACAAUGGGCGCAAACACCUGGUGGAUCGAAGAUACCGAGACUUCCAGGCUCUACAUAAAAAGUUAAAAAAGACAACUAAAACACCAGACUUCCCCACAAAGAGAGGUCUGAAUCGAAGACCCAAAGCCCUGGAACAGAAGAGGUCAGGAUUGGAGGCAUAUUUACAGGGUCUUGUGUGUGAAUGUGACAAUUGGACCUUGUCCCAGGAAAUCCUUGACUUCCUCAACAUCAAACACAUUCCGGUCGGAAAGCCGACUAAUACAGUGAGUGCCCUGGAUCAACUUGACCUGCAGAACUACAGGUUCUUUUGUCACCAGGUGGCCAGCUUCACAAAGAAUGCGUUUUCUCAACCAAGCCCAGCAGGUCUUCUCCCGAAUGUGAUUGUGAUGGGUGUUCUUCAAGGGUUGUACCUCACUGAUCCUGACUCUGAAAUCCUCAAUGGAGGGGGCUGUUCAGGAAUGAUGGAACUGCACAUUGCUGGACCUGAAAGUAUUGUUUGAUGGUUUUCUACAAGUUACUGUGAAAUUAGUUGUGUGUGUGUGUGUGUGUGUGAGAGAGAGAGAGAGAGAGACUUCCUCUUUUGGUGAAUGCUAUUAAAUUCAUCCCUUUCUUUCUGUAACAUUAGUGAGGGUUAACUGUCCCACAGUUCCUGGAGUUAACUGGUUAAUGAUCUGAUGGGUUGUGCACCUCAUAUCACAGCUGAGAUGAGUCAUUUUCAUCUGACUUACUGCAGAGGCCGUACGAACUUGGUUGACCAAUCCACUCUGGUAUCCUCCACCGACGAAAAUAUGAUGUGGUUUCUGCUUCAAGACAUGUUUGUAACGUUGUAUUGUCCUAGACUUGAAUGUUUGCUGGGAACAGUUUAUUUUCAGGUUAAAAUCACCUUUGACACAGUGUGGGGGAAGCACUUUAUUAAAUAAAAGUUUGCAAAAGAG